CUCCCCCCACUCCCUUAUCAUCCCUGUGCACAGAACAACUCCAUACUCCAUCUUCUCAGCAUCUACAACAAGAAGGCAAAGUAGAGAGAGAGAGAGAGAGAGAGAGAGAUGGGAUUCGCAGGUGCAGAAAGCCCCGGAACCUUUUGGAGUCUUCGUGCUCGCUCUUGCGACGCCUGCAAAGGCGCAACCGUGGCCUCAGCAAUCCUUUUCUGCCGCGCGGACGCUGCCUUCCUAUGCGGCACGUGCGAUGCGCGAGUGCACAGCGCAAACAAGCUCGCCUCCCGCCACGAGCGAGUCUCCCUCUGCGCGGUAUGCGAGCAAGCUCCGGCCGCCGUCACCUGCAAGGCCGAUGCCGCCGCCCUCUGUUCCUCCUGCGACGCCGACAUCCACUCAGCAAACCCCCUUGCCAGUCGCCACCACCGCAUACCCAUAGUCCCCUUCUUCGAUUCACCUUCUGCUAACAGCUCCGCCGCCGGUGACGGCGAUCCCGAUCCCGAAUCUUUCUUUUCUGGCGAUGCCGAAGCCGAGGCGUCAUGGGUCCUUCAAGAUCCGCCGAAGGAAGCGCAGCUCGAGAUGCCCAAAUCUGCCAACUGUUUCUUCUCCGAACUGAAUCCAUUUCUUGAUCUGGAGUACGCGUCGUCGGUGGACGCCGGGAUGUAUCAAUCGGACAGCGUAGUGCCCGCCGGAGCGGGAAUUCCUGCGAGUUUCAUGCUCGAUUUUGCUAAAUCGAAGCCUGCUUACAGCGGCUACAACAUCAGUCCCAGCAUGUCUUCAUCGGAAUUCGGGGUGGUGCCGGACGGCGAGGGGUGUGCGAUGGCGGACGUGUCGACCUGCGGCGGAGGGAGGUCAUCAUCUGUAACGGCGGUUUCGAUGAUGGAUCGGGAGGCGAGGGUGAUGAGGUACAGAGAGAAAAGGAAGAACAGGAGGUUUGAGAAGACGAUACGGUACGCGUCGAGGAAGGCGUAUGCGGAGACGAGGCCGAGGAUUAAGGGGAGGUUUGCGAAGCGGACGGAGAUGGAAGCGGAGUUUGACCGGAUCUACUUGUCGGCGGCGGCCGCUACGGCGGCGUUCAUGGCGGCGGAUCCUGGAUUCGGCGUGGUUCCCUCAUUCUGAGAUCUUCUUUGAUCUCUGUUUGGUCUGUGAUGUAACCCUUUUGUUUUGGAUUUUAGGCGCACUUGAAAUUGUGACGAGGAGGAGCGCCGUUAGCGGUGAACUCCAUUAUUUAUCUGUAAAUUGCUCUUUCGACCCUUUCUGCUUUCCAAUUCUGAAUCUCGAUCGCCAACGUUGGCGACUGACCUGUCGCUAAUUCAGGAAGUGUCCGUGCGACGAUGAAGGGGAAACGGGAAUCGGAUUGAGAGUGGAAGGGUUCUUUUUUGUGUGAUAAUUGACUUUUUUCUGCCAAAUAAAUUUUAUUACUUGCGAAAAG